GACAAACUGGAGGCACGGUUGCACUCUGACAGGAGACAUCAUGGGGAGAGCUCUAAUGCAAACCGCCCUCUUUGGUCUGUUGCUGACUUUGGUGACCUCAUUACCAAAUAAAGAUGACUGGGACAUCUACAGCUUUCACAUCAACUCCACAGUGACCAGUCGUUACGCUACAACAGUCAUCACAAGCCGCGUGGCCAAUCGAAUGAACGAAUCCAAGGAAGUAGAAUUCCAAGUGCGGAUUCCCAAGACUGCCUUCAUCAGUAAAUUCAGAAUGUUUAUGGACGGCCAGGUGUACGAUGGUGUUGUGAAAACCAAGGAACAGGCUCAGCAGCAGUACACUGCAGCUGUAUCCCGUGGGCAAAGCGCUGGGCUCGUCAGCUCUGUAGGGAGGACCCUGGAGGAAUUUAAGACGUCAGUGACUGUGGCUGCUCACAAAAAAGUGACCUUUGAACUCACGUAUGAGGAACUGCUGAAACGCAGACACGGCAAGUACGAACUGCAAAUCCAUGCUCGGCCGAUGCAGCCUGUCAGCGACUUCAAGGUUGAUGUGUACAUAGAUGAAAAGGCUGGCAUCAGUUUCCUGGAGGUUAAAGGUGGACUAAGCACCAAAGCUCUGGCUAAUGCCAUCACCAAAACACUGACAGACAAACAGGCGUGGGUGUACUUCUACCCAACUGAAAGCCAACAGAAGACAUGUGACAGCUGUGGAGAGCAGGGUAUGAAUGGAGAUCUGGUUAUUGUUUAUGAUGUCAACAGGGACAUUUCAGUUGGUGACAUUAAGGCAUCAGGUGGAUAUUUUGUUCACCACUUUGCUCCGUCCAGUCUUCCACGGAUACCAAAGAAUGUUGUCUUUGUUAUUGAUCAAAGUGGCUCCAUGAGUGGGCGAAAAAUACAACAGACCAGGACAGCAUUAAUCCAUAUUUUGAAUGAUUUGAAUGAAGAUGAUUUUUUCGGUCUCAUCACUUUUGAUGGUGAAAUUUUUCACUGGAAGAGAGAACUUGUUCAGGCCACCAAGACAAACGUGAACAGUGCCAAGACUUUUGCACAAAAUAUUCCAGCCAGAGGAUCCACUGACAUUGAUGCAGCAGUGCUGGAAGGAGCUCGUAUUCUGAAGGCACAUCCCAGAGAAGGUUCAGCAUCGAUCCUUAUACUUCUGACUGAUGGAGACCCCACCUCAGGGGAGAUAAACCUUGAAACAAUACAGUCCAAUGUCCGAAAGGCCAUUGCAGGCAAAUUUCCUCUCUACUGUCUUGGUUUUGGUUUUGACGUCAAUUUUGAAUUCCUUGAGAAGAUGUCACUGCAGAACAACGGUGUAGCACGACGGAUCUAUGAGGACUCUGAUGCUGACUUACAGCUGAAGGGUUUCUAUGAAGAGGUGGCCACUCCUCUGUUGACCAAUGUAACCAUGAUGUACACAGGAGGCACCAAUCUGACCCAGACUCACUUCACACAGUAUUAUAAUGGCUCUGAGAUUGUGGUGGCUGGUCAGAUCACCAACAAUGACAUUGAGACCUUCACUCCAGAAGUUAUAGCCAUUUCAGGAACAGGCAGUGUGAGGUUUUCUGACACUAAUCCCACUGUGGAAUCGACUGACACAGUGUCUGACAGACGCCUUCAGAGGGUUUGGGCCUACCUCACAGUCAAACAACUCCUGGACAAGGCGCUGCAGUUGUCUGGGCCUGAGAAGGAUCGAAUGAGGGAGGAGGCCUUGAAGCUGUCACUGAAGUACAGUUUUGUGACCUCACUCACAUCUAUGGUGGUCACCAAGCCUGAGGGAGAAAACUCUGAUGUGCUGCAUAAACCCAAAGAAGGCCAGAUGCAGCCUAUUCCAGUUGCGACUUCACGUAUUUCAGGCCAGAUGCAGCCUAAUCCAGGUGCUGCAGAUUAUGAUGUUUCCUAUUAUAUUGCUGCAACUUCACAUGAUUCAGGAAUUGGUGCUGGUGCUGGUAUUGCUGGAGAAAUAGGUGCUGCAGAUUAUGAUGUUUCCUAUUAUAUCGCUGCAACUUCACAUGAUUCAGCUGCUGCUGCUACUGAUGGAAGAAUAGGCCAGAUGCAGCCUAUUCCAGACUGGAUUGGAGGUCAUAUAAGAACAUAUCCAUCUUCAGAUAUUACUGCUAGUCCUGCUUCUCCCCAUGGCACAGUAGCUACUGUUCCUGUUUUGCACAGGUUUUUGAUUAAAACUGAGAAUCAGUCUCUUCCACUCUGCUUUGACGUUCCUGGAGACACUCGCCUUAAACUACUUCACCAUCCCAGUGAGGAGCUUUCUGUGAUUGGUCUCCUGGAUUCACCACCAAAUACAGGAUUCAAACUAAUCGUCAUCCAAUUAAAGAAUAGCCAGGUUGUUGAGCUGUGCCCUGACGGCCUCAUUAAGCAACAGGUUCAAGGAGUUAUGCAUUACACUGGACAGAACCUUGUCUCAACUGACAUAACUGCUAUCGGACGAGACAAGGAAUUUGAUGUUGCCAUUAGAGACACUCGCAUGGUCGUCUUAAUUCAUGAGGUGGAUGGUAACAAGUUCCUCUGGCCGGUUUUAAGACAGAAACCGUCAGACAACAGCAUUGAUGGAAUUUUAGUUCUAAAGCCAGCAGUUUAUGAGGAGGUGCAGCAAAGUCCCUCCACAAAGCUGAAGAUCAGAGAUCAGGAGAUUGGUGUCACCAGAUCCAGUGCUGUUGACUACACUAUUUCUGCUGCCCCAACACUGGACUGCUGGUUCAUGUCUGCUGAGUCUGCUCUGCAGAGACGCCUGGAUGAUUUCAUUGUUUAAUCACCAGAAAUAUAAAAUAAAGAAAAAUAAUUAAUUCACUAUAGACGAAAAUUGCAAAUCAAUAAAACAUAUUCAAAACCUU